AUGUCAUUCUUCGCGCGCGUGACCUCACGCCCGCCCAACCCGGGCAAAACAAACGCCAUCAUCAUGGGUCGCAAGACAUACGAUUCCGUCCCUGCCUCAUUGCGCCCGCUUGCGAAGCGGAUUAGUGUUGUUGUUACACGUGAUACGAGUGGAUCUGUUAAAGAGGGGGUUAUGAGGGAGUUGGUGGGGAGGAGGGAGAGGAUUGCUGCUAAGGCUGCUGAGGCUGUGAAGAAGGACGACGGGGAGAAGGCGGUUGAGCCGAUGACGGAUGCUAUUGUCGUGCCUAGUCUGGAACAAGCGUUGGAGAGGCUUGAAUCGGAGUAUGGGGAGAAGGGGGUGCUGGGGAAGGUUUUUGUCAUUGGGGGUGCGGAGAUUUAUAAUGCUGCGAUUGGAUUGCAGGCAGGGUCUGCGUUGAAGGGGAGGCCUGUGAGGGUUGUUAUGACGAAUGUUGUGCGGAAGGGUGUUGAUGGGUCUGUUGGGUCUUUUGAGUGUGAUACGUUUUUCCCGCUUGAUAGGCUUGAUGGGGGGAAUGGGUGGCGGACUGCUAAUUCUGCGGAGGUUUCUGAGUGGGUUGGGGAGGAGGUUGAUGGGUUGUGGAAGAGCGAGGGGGAUGUUGAGGUCCAGAUGGUUGGGUUUGAGAAGGUCUAG